CCCGAUAUGGAGAUCCAUUUUAGGUAUCCUAAAUUUUGGAGCUAAAAGAAUCUGGGUCUUAAAUAUGUGCCAUCACCCGCCACUCCCACCGGAGUCCAAGCAUCGUGGUUUAAUUGUGGGUAUUUUCUAAGAGAAAACAGGAGGAAAGAGCAUGGAGCUCUGAUUGAAAUAGGUGGCGUUGUAGCUUUGGCAUCUGCUAAUUGCAGCUCCCAACAUUAAGAAUGGAGAUAGUUGAGUGUGGACUUGAGGAUGAAGAUUCUUAUGUCUCUGUUCCUCGUGGCGGACCAAUUUAUGUUCCUGAUUUCGUGGGUCCAAUUACUAGGGUUCCUGAAUUCUUAACUAGUGUAGUCCAACAUCUGCAGGAUUUAGAGGCAGAAAUAUCCCAAGCCCAUGAUGAAGUUCUUUCGGUUGAUGAGCUUAAAAUAUUUACUGAAGAAGAGUUGGUAGACAAGGCUUUUAAGGAAGCUUUUAAGGAUAGUGAGGGGGCUCAACAUUCCUCACAACUUUCAGAUGAGAACUCUAAUGCAGGGGGAGAACGUGAUUGUAGAAAUUCAAACAAGAGGAAGAGGAGGCAAAUCAUUGACCGGAAUGAUUUUUCUGUUGAAGAUAGUUAUACUGCAAAGGUGCAGCAACUUGCAGAAAUCAAACAUAAACAAGACGAAGACAAAGCAGCAGCAAGACUUCAUUCAUUUGACGGUAGUUGCAAGAUCAAUGAAUGUGCUCUUCCAUCCUCGGAAAAGAUUGAAAGGAUAAAAUACCUGAGGUCUAUAAGUUCUGUGACAAAGGUGAAGUCAUCAAAUAUCCAUGGUCAUGUCAUGGAGCAUUACGAAGAUGCUGUUCUUUGUAUUGAGAUUUAUCAUAGCAGAAGAACGUGGGUAAAGGCCCAAGAGUUCUUGGUUUUAGGAAGGCAAACCUUGACUGAACUGAGGGACAACAUUUGUUGUGCAACAGACCAGGUUAUGCAAAAAGCAGGGAAGCAUAACCCUUCUGGAUAUAUCCUCAUAGAGGAUGUAUUUUGCAAUGAUUUGAGAGAUCCUUCUGCAAUAGACUACAGCAAACCCAUAUUUGAUUGGCUUAGAAACUCCAAGGAUGAUGCCCUUGAGAAAUGGGAGUGCAUCAUCUCUGGUGACUUACAACAGAAGCAAAAAGCACUUUUAGGGGAUCCGACAAUUUCACGCUUGCCUCACUUCAAAGCUGUUGACAUGCAUAAGACACGCUUUUGUGAUUUGCAAUUUCGACUUGGUGCUGGAUAUCUCUAUUGUCACCAGGGGGAUUGCAGGCACACAAUUGUGAUCAGAGAUAUGAGAUUGUUUCAUCCAGAGGAUGUAGGUGAUCGGGCGGCUUAUCCAAUACUUACAUUUCAACUAAAGUCACGUGUUCAGAAAUGUUGCGUAUGUAAGAUUUACAGAGCUACGAAGGUGACUGUGGAUGACAAGUGGGCUCCGGAGAAUCCUUGCUAUUUUUGUGAUAAUUGUUAUUUCCUUCUUCAUUACUCGGAGGAUGGGUCAUUGUUGUACAAGGAGUUCUCAGUCUAUGAUUAUCAUCAUGAAUGAUUGCUGUAGCCUGUAGGAUUGCUUCACUCCUAAACAUGCAAUUUGUCAUUUUAUCCGGCCAAAGGUAAAGUAAAGAAGAGUGAUAGUUUUGAUUUUUGAUAAAAAUAUAUCAAAAAUUGAUGUUUGAGAUGCUCA